AUGAAGUUCUCCGCCUCUACCGUCCUCCUGGCCGCCGCCCUCGGCGUGUCUGCCCAUCCCCAUGGCGCUGUCCACAACCAUGUUCACCGCGAUACCAACCUCGAAGUCCGUGACCAGUUUGUCAAGAACGUCAAGCCCACCACGACUGUCUUCCAGACUGUUACUGUUCCGGCUGUGAACGCUGCCGCCGUACCAUCCAGCUCAAGCUCCGCUGCCGUUGCCAUUGCCGCCGCCACCACCUCCUCCUCCCAGGCCGCCGCCACGACCAGUGCCAGCAGUGGUAGCAGUGGCACUAUCGGCUCCAGUGGCAGCUACACGGGUACUUUCUGCACCGGAGCUAGCAAGCGUGGUACUGUUGCCGAGAACGCCUUUGCUGGUAACACUGGCAGCGGCACAUAUGGUUGCAACCUAAAGUUCGUUGAGGAGAGCGCUGCCAAGAACUAUCAGUACAUCUCUGUCCUCGAGAACGCUGCCAGCGAGAAGCAAGUCUGUGCUUGCUUCCUAAAGACCGGGCCCACUGGUGAAGCCUUCACGGGAUUCUGGAAGGGUAAGCAAGUUCUUGACUUUGAGCUCGCCCCUGGUGCCAAAAAGUAUCUGGCUGUCCAGGAUGGCAGUAUCGGUGGCUGCUCUUGCGGCGUCGGUUCCCUCCCUCUUACUGCUCUUGGUCAGAUCUCUGGUGUAUGGUAUGAGUGGGAGUUCGGCAGCUGGAGCGACAAGAACAAGGGCUUCUCUGGUGCCGAUGCCUCAUCCCUGGUUCCCGAGGAUAAUGGUAACCCCAUCCAGGGCAUGACCAUCACCAGUGAAACCCCUGAGUAUGUCUCAGGUUCCGAGAAGAAGUCGAUCAUCUACCCCAACGGUGACGGCUGCAACGCUUUUCCCAAGGGCACCAAUGGCGAGGAUGGCUAUGGUUUCAACAUUGCCAACUCCCAAAAGGGCGGUGAUGCUAUCCGCCUGCAUGCUAAGUGGGGAACCACUGGCACUCUGGCCGACUGCCCAAAUGUCGUUGAGGGCCCCAAGAGCUGGCGCCAGACCCGUGCUUAG